AUCUCCACAGUUAUUUGAAGAAAAGUGGUGGAAUAUCUGCUGUAUUUAAGAUGUGGCACCAGUUUUUCACUAAGCAAGCCAGAAGAAAGUCAUAGCAAACCCCGAAAGCUUCUGCGCCAUAGAAUAAAACUGUGGAUUGAAUUCUCAACACGUGGGGAUGUUUUACUGUUAGUGAUGAUAUUAUCUAGCUAAAAUGCGAAUCUCUGCACUUAGCUGUGGGACGAAGAGGGUAGCCACGCCUUUACUAUUUACUAUGGGUUUCACAACAAAAAUUAUGGUCUUCUUAAUUACUUUGUUCUUAAUAAACUCAAGUGAUGCCUUUAAACGACCACUUUUUAAUGGAAGCGUUUUUGGAAAGAGGACUGAAAUUGAAUACCAAAAUGAAAAUAUUUGGAAAAAACGUUCUGAAAAUGGCAUUACAAGAAAAUGUGGUCGUAAGUCUCCCGUCAACAAGUGGAGAAAAAUGCAGGGACAUGUGUGUGAAAAAUGGCGCAACCAUUGAAACAGAGGUGCAGUAUGUCAUAUGUAAAGCUGUUUGGGAGACAUGUUCUCAGUGGUUUCCCAGCUACAUUGAAACUGUAAAAAAAUGA